GGGUUUUUGUUUGACAUCGACCAAUUAGUUUAUUUAUUUUAAUAAACUUUUACAUAAUAAAUUGAAUAUGUGUUUUUUGGAAAAUGUGAGAUAUAUACUGAGACUAUUCUUUGUCUAACAAGGCUCAACAGCCAAUCAUGCCGAAUAAGGAGCUCAACCGUGCCCAGGGAGCGGAGGUCAAAGCUGUGCCGCCAGUGGUACAAAAUGUGAUUCCAACCAAGACAGCAGCUGGAGCCGUGGCUGCAAAGACUGGUGUUGCCAAGACAACCACAAAAGACAGCGCGAUGUCACCAGGCGCUGCUCCGGCCGCGCACGCCAGCAGCGAGCUGCUGGGAUCCCUGACCACGCAGCAGCAGCAGCGCACCAGCGCCCGGGUCAUUAAGAAGCUGAGGACUGAACCAGUUCCUGAUCCUGACAAGAGAGAUAUACCAGAAUGCGACACUCCAAGCAAAAUCGACGAGAAAGAACUAAAAUUCCCCACAGUCAAACAGCGCAUGCCCAAAGCUCUCUGGUCGGCUGACGAGAAGAGUCUCUUCUUCGAGGCUUUAAACGAGUACGGCAAAGACUUUGAUGCCAUCACCACUCACAUUUGUGCCAAGAUGAAAAAGAAGGGUAUGCCGGACGUCAAUCUGAAGACGAAGACGCAAGUCAGCCAUUUUUAUUACAGGACCUGGCAUAAACUGUCGAAGCAUGUGCAUUUUGGGGAAAACGUGAAGAAAGUAGCCCAGGAGCUCUACGCUCUAAUCAACUACGGUGAGCUCAGAAAGAAGCUGGUCUCAGUGAGCGAGAAGACUUGCGCGCGUCUACACGAGAUGGUGCUAAGUGGCAGCAUGGUGGUUCGACACCGUGGUAGGAACGUCCGUGUUAGGACUCCUAUGUGCCGUGCGUUGCGAAGACUCAAUCAGAUCACAGAGCGGUCGCUGGCGGUGGGCGUGUGCGCGCUGGCCACGGUGUCGCUGCGCGCGCGCACGGCGGGCGCGUGGGCGCGCGUGCAGGCCGCGGCGCACAACCCGCGCGCCUGCGUGCAGCUCUCGCCGCGCACGAAGCUGCACGCGCUGCUCAGGGCGUUGGGGAAGCGGUGGCACGGGAAGAUGAAGCUUGUAUCCUUUUCAUUGGAGAAUAUAGUGGAGAUGGAACCCGAAGAGCCGGAACCAGUACGGCCUGAAGAAAAUGAUGAUGACCUGGAAGACCACCUCAACCUGGAAACCGACAGGAUUAUAGUGCAAGAACAAAAGUUAGCAAAGCGACCGGUACUCCACGUGGGCCCCCGACCCACGACUACAGUCAGACUACCGGUGGUCCGAGCCAGCGAGCAGCUCUCCAGCCAGAAGAUAUGCUUCUCCAGCUAUCUGCAGCGCAUGUACUCGCAGGACAAGGAAGCCAGUGAGUAAAUUUUGAUUUCAGCCAAAAUCCGCACCCCGAAACGACACCAUAAAGACAGCAGUGAGAAAGACAAGGAACUAGAACAGAAACGGCCGCGGUUGGAAAGUGAGCCCAAACUCGACAUCGACGAGACCGCCGUCGACGGGAUCGAGCUCAUGGCCAACUAUAAGACAAAUCAGGAAGACGAAGAAAAACCUAGCACCGAGGACGAGAAAGAGAUAAAAUCAGAAGAAACCGCCGAGGAAGAGGGAGACAAGGAAGGCGAAAGAGACAAGUAUAUGUCAGAGAGAGAGAAGGACAGCUUCUCCGAGAUGGAAGAUGAUGAGAAGUUGUAUAUCAAAAGCGACAGUGAUAAUGAGAGUGAUAAGGAUAAGGGAGAAAAAAAGACGACGUUUAAGAAUUUAAAGGUGAAAUUCCGAAUACGCCCCAAGAAACGCGGCGGUACCAUUUACACCCUGGUCAACGAGGACGAACCGAAAGCAGAGGAGCCUAAGGAGGAGGAACCUCCUGACAUUGACGUUGACAGUGCCGUCAAACAGAUUAGAAAGGGAUGGAGUGUGUACGACGCGGGCGAUCUGACUAUUGGAGACUUGUAUCUUAUGUUCGGCGCCCGCUCCAAACUGGACCUAGACUACUGGUGGGCGGAACCCACCCCUCCCCUCCCCAUAAAGGAGGUCGAGAAAACCCCUCCCCUAGAGAAAAGGCCGGAGCGCACCCCUGACAAGGGCACUGACAGCUCCUUGGAAGAUGAGAAAGAGAGACGGGAGAGUGACUCGGACAUGUUCUCUCCUAAGGCUUCCGGGCAGGAUAGUAAUGAUGGCUCUGGGGAUGAACGGAAACUGGAACACCUAGUAUCGUCUCCGGAGAGAAAACCAAGUGUUAGCAGCCUCAACCUCGCCAGCAAGCUGGUCAACCGGCCCGCGGCCGCGGCAACCGCGCCGCCCGCCGACGGGUUCAGCCAAGUCAGCGAAAGAUUGAAACGUCUGUUAGCGCUGGCGGGCAACCCGCACUUGGGCGGCGCGCUCGCUCGCUGCUCGUGUGGCCACGUCUGCUCGCAGAGGAAACAUCAGCCUAAGCCGCCGCCGCCGUCGCCGCGGCCCGAGCCGGUUUUCCGGCACCCCACGCCCAUCGCGCCCAAGCCCGCCAACGAGGCGCCGCUAUCGAUGUCGCUGUCGGACCUGCCCCGCUGGCGGCGCGGCAGGCCGCGCGCCGCCGACCGCCGCGUCGUGGUGCAGCGCCUGCUGCCCUUACUGCCGAAGCUGCCCCCACCUAGCAACCUGAUCCCGGUAAAGAUCGUGCCGAAUUCGCCGUCGGUGCCGCCGCGUAUCUUGCCCAAGCCUCCGCAUACAUCCACCAACGACCUGUCAUUAUUCUACGUGCUGAGCGAAUCAAACGGUCAGUUUUUCUUUCACGACGGCGACCGCCGCAUACCGAUUUCGGCGCAGGACGAUACUGAAGAAGGUAAUAACACUGAAGAAGACAUCCAAGACGAGUCGUACGACAGUAAAGAAGACACGAAAGAAUUCAAAAUCGACAUAUCAGCUACGGAGGUCGAGAAACGAGUGGCGAGCAAGCAGGACGAGACGAACGAGCCGGACUCGAGCGAGCCGAGCCAGCCGAGUGACUCGAGUCAGAGGGAGAAGGAGAAAGCUGAAGGGGGAGAUAUCGCCAACUUCCUGCCCUCGGAGUCGAUGUCGCUGUCUCCGUCGCGGCUGCUGGCGGGCGACGGCUGGCUGGCGGGCGCGCACGACUUCAGCCUCAGCUCCUUCCUCGGCCAGCUGGAGCCGCCGCCCUCCGAGCAGGUGCGUCAUGUGGACUCCCACCUGCAGUCCCUUAUGGCGGAGUCCAGCGUAGACUACGUGGCUAAAUUCGCGGACCUCGCUGCUGAAGUCAGUGAUGAGAGGCCGCCGCUCACUUGAA